GAGAGAGAGAGAGAGAGAGAGAGAAGGGAUAAAUAGGAAAGGGAGCGCUCCAAAAGCAGGAGAGGAGAACAGAAAGGGAAGGAGCUGGGGAGAGAUCUUUUGGAGAGAUCCUAGGUUUCUUCAAGGCUCGCAUCUCCUCUCUUUCGAUCUCUUUCUCUUCUUUGCUCGCCGCCUCGGAAAUCCAAGAUCGGAACUCGAGCGGCGAAUCUCUCGACGGAUCCUGGUUCUUGAUCGCGAGGUUUCACCCUUGCCCUUCUCUCUCUUUCUCCCCGAUACUCGGUCUCUGCAGAUCUAGGGUUUCGCGGGGAAGUUUUCUAGGUUUAAGGUUUUGGAAUCCUAGACGCUGUAUGCUCGUCGAGACCAGCAAUGGCGACCGCAUUUCCGGGUCAAGUCAGUGCCAUCCAGAUUUUUGUUUUCUUGGUUGCAGGUUGGGUCCUUUUUCGUGGGGCAGUACUAUCAUAUUCUGCAGCAGCAGCCAAAUCUGGUCUACCAGUUCUAUAAUGAUGCAAGCACUGUGAUGCGGGUCGAUGGUGACAGAACCGAGACUGCCACCACAAUGAUGCAAAUCCAUUCUCUAAUCAUGUCUUUGAAGUUUACUGGGAUUGAGAUCAAGACAGCCAAUUCUCUGAAUUCUUGGAAUGGAGGUGUCCUCUUGAUGGUUUCUGGUUUUGUACAAACUGGGGCCUAUAAUGCUAGAAGGGAAUUCGUUCAGACAUUUUUCCUUGCUCCACAGGAGAAAGGAUAUUUUGUUCUGAAUGACAUCUUUCACUUCCUUGAUGAGGAACAAUUGCAUCAGCAUCCAUCAGCCAUAUUAGCCCCUAACAAUUAUGAGAAGAAUUCAAAUAUGUCCAGUUCAGUUCCUGAGGCAGUUUCUGACUUCAUGUUGGGAGGAGAAAUUCAAAGCAAGGAAUUUGUGGCUCCAGUUCAGGCAGGAGAAGCUGAUAUAAUUGAUAACUACAGCAUCGUUGAUUCACAGCACCAAGUUGGUUCGCCUGAUGACCGAGUAGACGAUACACCUGCGGAAGACCCUGUUCUUUCAUUACCAAAUGCAAUGAACGUUGUGCGUGACCCAUCUCCUGCCUCUGCAGCGGAGCAUGUGGGAGAAUUACGAAAGCAUACCUAUGCUUCUAUUCUGCGAAUUUCAAAACACCAACCCAGCAACUCUGCAUCUCAACGGGCUUCUUUAAGCAAGCCUACUGUGGUGGCUUCCGAGUGGCAUCAAACACCUCAAGCAACUCCCCAACAAGCCCAUCCUUCACUGUCAACAGGACCUGAGAAGUCCAGUCCAGAGAUAGUGGAUGAAGCUAUUACACCAGAAGGUGAAGAGAAGUCUGUUUAUGUCGGAAACCUGCCCUCUUCUGUAUCUGCAUUUGAUCUUGAGAAUGAAUUCAAGAACUUCGGUAGACUCAAGCCUGAUGGUGUUGCUGUCAGGAGCCGCAAGGAUUCGGGUGGUCACUAUGCCUUUGUCGAAUUUGAGGAUGCUGCAGCUGUUCAAAAUGCACUCAAGGCAUCUCCAAUACAGUUAAAUGGGUGGCAAAUAUAUGUGGAGGAGCGGAGACCCAACAGUGGAAUAUCGCGGGGAAGAAGGGGUAGAGGUAGGGGUGGAUACCAGUCGGGUGCUCCAAGGGGACGCUUUGGUGCUAGGAGCUUGGGGAGGAAGGGUGGAGCAGACAACAAUGAGAGGGACUACAUUGGUAGGCCGAGGGGAAAUGGGUUCCAUCAGCGAGGUCCACGCCAAGAAAGGGGCAUAUUGGGAAGUCAAGAUAUGAGGAAUGGGCAGCAGCAAUCAUCAGUUGCGGCAGCUUAGAUAUCAAGAGUUCUUGGGUACCUGUAAGAUGUUGAAGCUUGGCCUCUUUUCCCUGCAUGCUCGUGGUUGUCCUUGGCUUGCAAGAUGUGAUCCUCAUUUUUCGUAUCACAUUUACUUCCCUGCAAAAGGCCCCAGUCACUUAUUCCUGUUUUUCUUAUUUUAUUUUGGAUGGAUAGAAAUUCAUGAGUAAAGUUGGAAAUAUAUGGUUUAAAUUUUGACUUUGAGAUGUUCUUUUAAA